AUGCUGGAUGUUGAUCCCAGGGCGAGUCAGAACUAUAAAGAUGAUAAAUUUGGAAUAGUCAUUGACUCAGGAUCAUCAGGUUCACGAAUACAAAUUUAUAAAUGGAAGGAUCCAAAGACUCUAUCAAAAUCUUCAGAUCCAGAAAUACUUCAAUCACCACCAAAAAUUACUCAAGAAAAACAUUGGACCAAAAAAAUAAGUCCUGGUAUAUCAACUUAUAAUUCAAAUAAAAAAAUUAAACAAAUAUGGUCAAAUCAUUAUUCAGAAUUAAUGAGAUUUGCUGAAGAAAUUAUACCGGCUGGAAAACAUUCUGAAACUCCUGUAUUUGUAUUAAGUACGGCUGGUAUGAGAUUACUUCCUAAAAAGACUCAAAAUAAAAUAUUAUCUGAAACUUGUUCAAGUAUAAGACGAAAUACAAAUUUUUUAUUACCCAAUUGUGAUAAUUUCGUACAAAUAAUAGAUGGUUCAACAGAAGGAAUUUACGGUUGGUUAGGUCUAAAUUAUUUAAUGGGACAAUUCAAAAAUUAUGAUUCAAAAUCAUCAAUACAUGAAUCAAUAGGUUUUAUGGAUAUGGGAGGUGCAUCAACUCAAAUUGCAUUUGUUCCUUCAUCUGAAGAUCAAAUAAAAAAACAUAAUAAUGAUUUAUCAAAAGUAUUAUUGAGGAAUAUAAAUGGUCAAACUCAAACUUGGGAUGUUUUUGUUGCUACAUGGUUAGGAUUUGGUGCAAAUGAAGCAAGAAGAAGAUUUAUUCAACAAUUGGUGAAUUUAGCAUUAGUAAAUGAAGAAUUACAAGGAAAUUUGAAUGAUCCAUGUUUACCCAAAGGUGCAACUUUAGAUUAUGAAUAUGAAGGUAACACUUACAAAAUAAACGGUGUUGGUAAUUACGAAAUGUGUAUUAAAUCAAUAUAUCCACUAUUGAUGAAGAGUAUACCAUGUGAUGAUGAACCUUGUUUAUUUAAUGGUAUUCAUGGACCUAAACUUGAUUUUGAAAAAGAUAAAUUUGUUGGUAUAUCUGAAUAUUGGUACACUGCUAAUGACAUUUUCCAUAGUGGUGGUGAGUAUGAUUACAAAGGUUUUAAUGUUAAAGUUAAAGAAUAUUGUGAAAGUCAAUGGGAUAAUAUUUUACAAAAUUCAAAAAAUGGUGAUUAUUCGGGACUUGACCCUGAUAAAUUUUUAAAAGAUGCAUGUUUCAAGGCAAGUUGGGUGAUGAACAUUUUACAUGAAGGAUUUGAGUUACCGAGGAUUGGAUUUGAAUUAAAUUCAGAUAAAGAACAAGAUCAAGAUUCUCAAAAUAUCACAAAUAAACAUAUUCCUUUCAAAUCUGCAGACUCUGUAGAAGGUGAAGAAUUAUCAUGGACAUUGGGUAAAAUACUAUUAUUUGCAUCAUCACAAAUUGAACCAGCUGAUAACAAAAAUUCAUUAGAUAUUGGUAUUUUUCCGAGUGAAAUUUCAGGUAAAUCAUUUGUACCAGGAGGUUUAAUAAAAGGUGGUAAUAGUAAUUCAAUUGAUGAUGAUAGUGAUGAUGAAAAAGACGGUACUUUAGGUCAUUUUAUUUAUUCAAUGAUUUUUUUCUUUUUAUUAGCAUUUUUUAUUUAUUCAUUUGGAUUAAAACAUUUUGGAAGAUGGAAUGGGAAAAUAAAAAAAAUUCAUGUCCCCAUUGAAAUUAGAAGAAGAGCAAAUUAUGUUAUUUCAAAAUUGCCGGGGUUAGAAAAUUUGGCAAACAAUUUUAACAUGUAUCAACAAAUGGAGAAUAGUUAUACUUUGGAAGAAGGCGUUGGUUCUAGUCCUUCGGUAGAUUCUUCACCAAAACAAAAUCCCGGUAAUUCUUCUGUAUUAAGAACAAGACUGGCAAUUGGAUUAGAUGAAGGUUAUGAUGAUCAGCUGGCUGGUACAAAUGGAAAAAUAAAACCUUUUAGUCCUAGAGUAAAUAAUUUUUUGAACAAACCAUUUGUGAUACCAAAGAAAAAUUCAUUUUAUCAGGUUUCGGAGAAUAAUAGCAGAGAAUCAUUGUCACGAACUGUUAGUAAUCCUUCACUAACAAGAUCUAAGAUGCCGUAG